AUGACCCCUCACUCUUCUGAGGACAGUGACGCCGAGCGGAAGCAUCAGAAGCUCCUGGAGGCCAUUGCUGCACUGAGCGGAAAGAAAAGGAAGAAGCUGUCGGAGCGGACGGAGGCGGGGCUCCAGGUGUCAGAGUUCGGCAUCAGCGCUGAAGGGGCCGGCGAGAAGAUCAGACUCACGGAUCUGAUCGAACCCAUCAAGAAAGAGACGUCCCUGUCCAAAGUGAAGAAGCAGCUGAACAAGUUCAGGGAUAAGAAGAGCGUGGAGCUGCCCCUGAGCAAGGAGGAGACGCAGAAGAUCCAGAGAGUCGUAUCCUACAAACACACAUCAGAAGAGGUGUCCAAAUGGGAAAACGUAGUGCAGGAAAAUCGCCGGGCGCAGACUCUUGUCUUUCCCCUCAAUGACCAGUCGUCCAAGCCCGUCUCCAUAGAGGACUCCAUUGUGGGAUGGAAGGCAGGGAGUCCGCUGGAGAUGGAGAUAUUCAGCAUCCUCCAUAAGAAUAGACAGGCUGUCACUGAUCCGCUGAUCACCCCCAUGGAGGAGGCGUCUCUGAAGGCCAUGAGUGUAGAAGAGGCCCAACAGCGCCGGGCAGAGCUCCAAAAAGCAAGAGCCCUUCAGUCCUACUAUGAGUCCAAAGCGCACAGAGAAAAGAAAAUAAAAAGCAAAAAGUAUCACAAGCUGCUGAAGAAAGUAAAGAAGAAGGAUUUCUUGAAAAAGUUUGAGGAACUCCGGAAGACGAAUCCAGAUGCAGCCAUGGAGGAGUUAGAGAGACUGGAAAAGGCCCGGAUACAGGAGCGGAUGUCUCUCAAGCACCAGAACAGCGGGAAGUGGGCCAAAUCCAAGGCUAUUAUGGCCAAAUAUGAUGACGAGGCUCGGAAAGCCAUGCAAGAACAGCUGCAGAAGAACAAAGAUUUAACCAGAAAAGUCCAGGUUGUGUCGGAUGACGAAGAUGAAAACGAGGAGAAGGUGGAUGAGAUUAUCCCGGACUUUGUAAAUGAGGCGCAGAUGAGUCUGGAAGGGCCGAACCCUUGGAUGACUGGAAAGCUGAGGAGCGAGGUAAAGGACCCUGGGACUCAGGAAGAAGAGGAGACAAAGAUGGAGGAAGAGGUGAACGCAAAGGCCGAUGAGACUGAGGAUGAGGAGGAAUGUGAAGACGAGGCGACACUUAAAGAAUUCGAAGACAGAAGACGUCUGCGCAAAGAACUGGGAGAACAAGAAUCUCUAGAGCCGGUGCUGGGGAAGGCACCACCGGACAGCGCAGCAGCAGACAACGCCGGCGAAGUGUCGCGGUUCAAUAAACUAUUCCAGAGCAUGUUGGAGCAGAACAAGAAAGAAAAGAAAAUUCAGGAAAAAAAUGUUGUGGAGGAGGAAGAGGAGGAGCCAGUGAACGCCGUCGUGGUGGAGCCGAAAAGAACCGAAGAAGGUCCGCUACUGAUAGAGAGCCUGGAGAGGACCCGAACCAUGGAGGAUCUGGAGGCUCUGGAGGAGCAGGUGGAGGAGCCGGUGAGGGAGGAGACGCCUCUGAAGACGAUGGAGGAUGGAACACAACUGAGCAGGAAAAAACGAACCAAGAAAUCAAAACUUAUCGACUCUAAUAACAUUCUGCCCACGAAGGAACGGCCUGUCCAAGCGCCAUUGAUUCCUGUUAUGGUGGAGGAGGAGGAGGAGGUCGAGGACGGUGAAACGAGUCAGAAAAUGAUGAUCCAGGAGGCGUUUGCCGGUGAUGAUGUCAUCGGUGAUUUCCUAAAAGAAAAACGUAAAGCAGAACAAGAUGCAAAGCCCAAAGACAUCAGCCUGGUGCUGCCGGGAUGGGGAGAGUGGGGAGGGAGCAAUCUACAAGUCAGCUCAAAGAAGCGCCGCAGGUUUACUAUUAAAGCGCCCCCUGCAGCUCCCCGUAAAGACCAGCGCCUCCCUAAUGUCAUUAUCAACGAGAAGAGGAACGUAGCGGUGGCGGCCCAUCUGGUGACGGAGCUCCCGUUCCCCUUCAGUAGUCAGCAGCACUUUGAGAGCACCAUCCGGGCCCCUGUGGGCAACACGUGGAAUACCGAACGGGCCGUCCAGAAUCUGACCGCCCCCAAAGUGAUCACCAAGCGCGGCCACAUCAUUGACCCCAUCACCGAAGACGUCUUCCAGAAGCACAGCACCGCCAAGAAUGUCGCCAUAGAGCUGGAGAAACCACAGACGAAACCGGAUCAACGAGCGCCAAGGAAGGAUCAACGAGCGCCAAGGAAGGAUCAACGAGUGCCAAGGAAGGAUCAACGAGCGCCAAGGAAGGAUCAAAGGUCAAAAGGGAAUAAACGCAAGAGACUGUGACCUCAUAUGGUGACUUUAACCCUGGGAGAUCACCCGGUGCAUCACAAGUGGGGACUUGAUAUUUAACCUAUUGCAGGGUUCCCCAACCAGGGUGCCUCCAGCUGUUGCAAAACUACAACACCCAGCAUGCCUGGACAGCCUUCGGCUGUCCAGGCAUGCUGGGAGUUGUAGUUUUUCAACAGCUGGAGCCACCCUGGUUGGAAAGCACUGACCUAUUUUGUCACCUGCAAACUAUGCCGCCUUCAGUUCUGUGCAUAUAGGAAAUUGCUUAAAGUGGUACUCCGGUGGAAAACAUUUUGUUAUUAAAUCAACUGGUUCCGGAAAGUUAAACAGGUUUGUAAAUUACUU